CAUUUUUCCCUAACCUCACUUUUUUUACAAAACGUAAACAUUCGUUUUUAAAGUUUUUAUUUCACCACUGACUAACGUCUUAAUUCAAUAAGUUUUAAAUUCACAAAUUCAAAUGCUUUUUCAACUAAAAUGUUUACCAAACAAGUGUCCCGAUCAUUAAACACCAUCGUGUCGAAUCAAAUGAGAAUUUUAUCAGUUGCUCAGCACUUAACCAACACCACCAGCUACAUCCAAACGAGAAGUAAAAGAAAAUCGGCCGGCGAUAAUACCAACAAUAAUAUCUCAGCCCUGUUUGUGCCUAUACCAGUGAAACCCAACCCAGAUGAUAUCAAUGUGGGCGAGGAACUUUCAGGGUCCCUAAACAAAGCUGAUCUCCUGAAAGUCUUAAACAAGUUUUACCAAACUCCAGCUAUAAAACAGUUAUUGUUUGAGCAUGGGGUUGAUAACUAUCUGCAGCACCAGGCCUAUGUGAGCUUCAGACGAUACUGUCUUGAAGCAGAAACCCUCCCAGUCGAUUUACACUUGGUCAUCAGUGAUAUUUUACAAGGGGCUCGCAGUCAUGCCGACGUAUUUCCGUAUUUUUUGAGACAUGCCAGACAAAUGUUUCCCCAUUUAGAAUGUAUGGAUGACUUAAAGAAAAUCUCAGAUUUAAGGUCUCCUGCCAACUGGUAUCCUGAAGCAAGAGCUAUGAACAGGAAAAUUAUCUUUCAUGCAGGCCCCACCAAUUCGGGUAAAACCUAUCAUGCCUUAGAACGUUUUAUUACUGCUAAAUCAGGUGUCUACUGUGGUCCCCUGAAGCUAUUAGCCUCGGAAGUUUAUAAUAAAUGUAAUCUGCGAGGUACUCCUUGUGAUUUAGUCACAGGAGAGGAAAGAAAAUAUGCUGAUCCUUCUGGGAAUGCUUCUGCUCAUAUAGCUUGUACAGUUGAAAUGACUUCUGUAAGUACCCCCUAUGAAGUAGCUGUCAUAGAUGAAAUUCAAACAAUCAGAGAUCCUCAGAGAGGAUGGGCAUGGACAAGAGCUUUAUUAGGAUUGAUGGCAGAGGAAAUUCAUUUAUGUGGGGAGGCAGGAACUGUAGACCUUAUAGGGCAAUUAUGUUUAACCAUGGGAGAGGACUUGGAAGUGAGACAUUACAAGAGACUGACUGAGUUGAAAGUUGAAGAUCGAGCAUUGGAAAGUCUGGCAAAUGUACAACCCGGGGACUGUAUAGUGUGCUUUAGUAAAAAUGAUAUCUAUUCAGUAUCAAGAGGCAUUGAAAGUAAAGGUAAAGAGGUGGCAGUUAUUUAUGGAGGCCUACCCCCAGGCACCAAGCUGGCCCAAGCAGCCAAAUUUAAUGAUCCUGAUAAUAGCUGUAAAAUUCUUGUGGCCACUGAUGCAAUUGGUAUGGGACUGAAUUUAAGUAUUAGAAGAAUCAUAUUUUACUCUCUUAUUAAACCUAUAAUGAAUGACAAGGGGGAGAAAGAGAUGGAUACCAUUUCAGUGUCUCAGGCCCUGCAAAUAGCCGGCAGGGCGGGCCGAUACGGAACCCAAUGGGAACAAGGAUUUGUUACUAGUUUUAAAGCUGAAGAUCUUCCCACUUUAAAAACCUUACUGUCAUCACAGCCUGAGCCAAUAGUCCAAGCAGGUCUUCACCCUACAGCUGAGCAAAUUGAGCUGUAUGCUUACCACUUACCAAAUUCUACCUUAAGUAACCUUAUGGACAUUUUUGUUAACUUGUCUACAGUGGACAACUCAUUAUACUUCAUGUGCAAUAUAGAGGAUUUCAAAUUCUUGGCAGAUAUGAUCCAGCAUGUACCGCUCGCCCUGAGAGCAAGAUAUAUCUUUUGCUGCUCUCCAAUUAAUAAAAAAAUGCCAUUUGUCUGCACCAUGUUUCUCAAGUUCACGAGGCAAUACAGCAAAAAUGAAGCAAUAACAUUUGAUUGGCUGUGUAGAUCAAUAGGGUGGCCACUACAGCCCCCAAGAACAAUCAUAGAUCUAGUCCACUUGGAAGCUGUCUUUGAUGUUCUGGAUCUGUACUUGUGGCUUAGCUACAGAUUUCCAGAUCUGUUUAAUGAGCCUGAUCUGGUCAGAGAUAUGCAAAAGGAACUUGACCAGAUUAUCCAGCAAGGGGUGGUACAAUUAACCAGAUUGCUCAAGAAUUCAGAGACAGGAAUCAGUUCUGGAACGUCCAAGGCGGACGACGAGGUGUUCGACAGCAAUAGGAAGAAACAGAGUUAUUUGAGGAAUAUCCAGACGUCGUCAUUGGGAAGAGGAAGACUUACAGAGAGGUUGCUGGCCCAAGGAAUUUUAACUCCUAAUAUGCUAAGUGAAUUGAAGAAGGAGUGGAAUAAAAAAGGACAGGAGGAUGAUGACUCUGGGAGUGAUGGAGGAGACCCUCCAAAGAAAUCUACCAUGAAAAGAAGACGGAAGAUCAAGUAGUAGUGGGUUAUUUAGGAAAUUUAUUUUAAAGUGUACAUAAUAUUAUUGUAUUUGUAAAAUAAAAUGUUAAAAAAUCA